UGAUGCCUACCUUGCAUUUAUUUAUUCAUAUCUUUCUCUCUCUUUCUCCCUCUUGUAUAUGUAUAUAAUACGAACCGCCUCAUCGGUAAUCAUCGUAUUAUAGCUGAAACUCAAAUAUUCUUUAAUUUCUUCAUCAUCUUCAUAUUUGAUUUAUAUAAAAUUUUUCUUUGAUUUCUUCAAAGCAAGCAACAAUGGUAGUUCCGUCUCCAACUCCAAUAAUGCGCAGCAAGAAAACGAAAGCCGUAGGUAUUCCUACCAUCGAUCUUUCUCUAAAUAAGUCAAUCGUGUCUGAACUGAUCGUCAGAGCAUGCGAAGAUUAUGGAUUUUUCAAAGUUGUCAAUCACGGAAUUAACAAAAACGUCAUAUCGAGAUUAGAAGAGGAAGGAGUUGGUUUUUUUGCCAAACCAGCCAUGGAGAAACAAAGAGCAGGACCUGCAAAUCCUUUUGGCUAUGGCUGCAAAACUAUCGGCUGCAAUGGCGAUGUAGGAGAGCUUGAAUAUCUUCUUCUUCAAUCAAAUCCUCUUUCCUUUUCUGAGCAGUCCAAAACAAUCUCCAGCGACAAUCCAGCGAAAUUCAGUUGUGCUGUGAAUGAUUACAUUGAAGAGGUUAGAGAAUUAGGUUGUGAAAUUCUCCAACUGUUAGCAGAAGGUUUAUGGAUGGAAGAUAAAUAUGUGUUUAGUAGAUUAAUCAGAGACGUCCAUAGUGAUUCUGUGCUUAGGCUUAAUCACUAUCCACCGGUCAAACACUUCAAGGAUUGGGAACCAUCACCUAAAAGAAUUGGCUUUGGUGAGCACUCUGACCCUCAAAUCUUGACCAUCUUGCGAUCCAACGAUGUCGCGGGCCUUCAAAUCUGCCUACAUGAUGGUUUGUGGGUCCCUGUACCUCCAGACCCCACCGGCUUCUUCUUGAUUGUUGGGGACGCCUUACAGGUUUUGACAAAUGAGAGACUAAUGAGCGUGAGACAUAGGGCACUAGCAAACUCAACAAAGCCAAGAAUGUCGAUGAUGUACUUUGGGGCACCAUCCCUUAACACGUGGAUUUCACCUCUGCCGGAGAUGGUAUCACCACAAAAUCCGACCAAAUAUAAGCCUUUCACUUGGGGUGAAUUCAAGAAAGCUGCUUACUCUCUACGAUUAGGAGAUGCCCGUCUUGACCUCUUCAAGAUUCAUGCUUCUGAUAAAAUCGGGUCUUGAUCCAUACUAUACAACUUCUUGUAUUGCUGUCUAUACAAAUGCGCCAAUGCAUUAUUAAUUAAGAAAAAAAAAAAAGAAAAAAAAAAAGAAAAAAGAAAAAAAAAUUCUUUUGUAGCUGUAAAUAGGCCACAAUUGAAGGUACGUUAUCCCAUCUUGAUCGGCAUGGAUUUUUUUUUUUUCUCUUUUUUAAGUUUUUAUCUUUCUAGAGUAUUUAUAGUACUUGUUUUAAUUAAAGUGGCAUAGGACUAAGUUUAGCUUAGCUUCACUCAGCGUAUGCAAGAAAUUUUCUGCAAUCCAUAUUGUAAAAUUCUUAUUGGACGUUAGUAUAAAUCCAUAUUGUACGUCACUCGGCAGUUCUCAUUGGUGGAGGUAGAAUGUUGCAAUCCAGCA